AUGGGGCAGCUGCGAGUGAUAACGCAAAGUGCGCAAAGGUACGUCGUCGGUUCAUCCGCAACGUAUCAUCUCCUUGACGGCACAUCUUAUGCUUGCGGAGCUGGUAAGGUAGAAAGUGCAGCAGCCGAAGAUAAGAAGUACGAUGAAGCUGAUGUUGGUGCCGAAUUCGGCGCAACCAGCGCUAUUCGAACUGCCACUGAAGUCGAACAGCCGAGCCCACAACAAUUCGGCUCGACAAUGGUUGCUAAGCGGCCGGGCAGACAAUUACUGAUGGACCACCUUUGCGCUGAGCAGUGUCUCUAUAAAUUACCUCCAAAUACGAUAAUCCAUUAG